CUGCCUUGGAGCAAACAAGAGAGGAAAUAGAACACAGACAAUAAUAAGAAAGGCGAGAAAGAGGGGAAUAGAAAGAGAGAGAGUGUGAAAGACAGGAGGAUGUUGGACUAAGGGUGGAGUGCACACAGCCUUUCUCUUCCAGCAAGUGUUUGUCUGCAGUAUCCCUGGUGAAUGGACGCUGGACGGUGAAACGAAACGGGGGCCUUCAGUUUCCUGAGACGCACCACUGCGAGGAGGAAACGGAGCAGAAUAUAGCCCAGAGAGGAGGUAGACAAGGCGUGAAGGACUGCCCUGGAUGACUGCUGUCACCAAGAUAGGGAGCGGUGACGUGAGAGCCAUGAGGGAGGAGAGCGAGGGGGAUUUGCUGCACCUACACAUCAUCCCCGAACACUGUCUUCACUAACACCUCCAUCUCCAUUCCUGCUCUGUAAGUUUCCUCAGGGGGUGACCCCUGAUAUGACCCCCAGCAUCCGUGGAAUUAGGCAGUCCAGCCCAAGCCCCAGCUCCAGGCUCUGUGUGGGCAUCCCACCAUGUCCUGGUAGAGCUCUGUGCCAACGUCAGUCCCAAAUCCUGGGAUGAACCCACAGAGGACCAACGCACAGCCUCUAGAUCACGAGGAGAAUGAAAUAUUCCUGAGUCAUUCCUGCUCUAUGGUUCUUGUUUCUCUUUGUUUGCUCUGACUGGAAGGUGUCUCUCUUGCUUCCCAUCAAGCCCCUGCAGCUUUGAAGAUUCAAACGUAAUCCUAUUCCUGCUCUGACAUCCAUCCCUCUCUUCGUUAGUCUCUUAUCUCUGUUCCUUUUGAUCUUCCAGAUUAUUUUAGUUUGACCCCGGACGCGCCCCUUUUGCCACCCGGCACGUUCUCCUCUGUGAUCACCACGUUUUCCUCGGUGUUCACCGCGUGGCAGACGACCAUGGGUUGCCGGCAGAGUUCGGAGGAGAAGGAAGCGGCGCGGCGCUCCCGGCGGAUCGACCGCCACCUGCGCUCGGAGAGCCAGCGGCAGCGACGUGAGAUCAAGCUCCUUCUGCUGGGCACCAGCAACUCUGGCAAGAGCACCAUCGUCAAGCAGAUGAAGAUCAUCCACAGCGGAGGCUUUAAUCUGGAUGCCUGCAAGGAGUACAAGCCCCUCAUCCUUUACAACGCCAUCGACUCGCUCACACGCAUCAUCCGUGCCCUGGCCACGCUCAAGAUCGACUUCCACAACCCCGACCGCGCCUAUGACGCCGUGCAGCUCUUUGCUCUAACCGGGCCGGCCGAGAGCAAAGGGGAGAUCACAGAGGAGCUGCAGGGAGUCAUGAAGCGCCUGUGGGCCGACUCAGGCGUGCAGGAGUGCUUCUGCCGCUCCAACGAGUACCACCUGGAGGAUAACACUGCCUACUAUCUGAACGACCUGGACCGCAUCUCCUCCAACGAGUUCAUCCCCACCGUGGAGGACAUCCUGUGCUCCCGCGACAUGACUACGGGCAUCGUGGAGAACAAGUUCACCUUCAAGGAGCUCACCUUCAAGAUGGUGGACGUGGGGGGGCAGCGCUCGGAGAGGAAGAAGUGGAUUCAUUGCUUCGAGGGCGUGACCGCCAUCAUUUUCUGUGUGGAGCUAAGCGGCUAUGACCUCAAGCUAUACGAGGACAACCAGACGAGUCGUAUGGCAGAGAGCCUGCGUCUGUUUGACUCCAUCUGCAACAACAACUGGUUCACCAACACCUCACUCAUCCUCUUCCUCAACAAGAAGGACCUGUUGGCCGAGAAGAUCAAGCGCAUCCCUCUGACUGUGUGCUUCGCCGACUACAGAGGUCAGAACACCUACGAGGAAGCGGCAGUCUACGUGCAGCGGCAGUUCGAGGACCUCAACCGCAACAAGGAGACCAAGGAGAUUUACUCGCACUUCACCUGCGCCACAGACACCAGCAACAUCCAGUUUGUGUUUGACGCCGUCACGGACGUGAUCAUCCAGAACAAUCUCAAGUACAUUGGGCUGUGCUAGGACUGGGGAUAGGGUGGGGAGGGGAGAGAGGGCUGCAUGGCAGCAGUAGACCUAUUCGCUACCAGGCCCAUUACACACAAAGCCUGUCUGUCAGUCUCUUUGAGGAAGUGUAGGAAAGAGAGAACCUGCAAGGUGGAGCGAGGGGGUUGGGAUUGUCAGGGACGGCUAUAGGAUCAACUGAUCUGCUUGAAAUAUUAGAGUUGAGGGUCAAAGGUCAAGAUGGGAUUUACCCAAGGUCAGCAUAAAUGUGUUUGCACUGAAUAUAUGAGUAUGUAGAGACACACACACACACACACACACACAUGCUUAUGUUUGCUCACACACAAGGACUUGGGAUCAACUGUCAAGCACUUGUUUGGCGUGGAAACAAUGGAUACUGAAGACAGCUACCCCUACCCUCUGCCUGCCAAACCUGGUAUUGAGCAGGAGUUCUUGACUGGCAGUUUCAGAGUUACGUUUGUCAUUUUAGGUUGUUUUAUUUGCCUCAGUCAAUUAAUGCUGCUUUGCGAAAAUCAAUAAAUUCCUGUGGAUUUUCCCCUAAAAAGCUGGACAGCGGGUUUACCUGGCAAGGUAUAGGGAGAUGGUGAGUCACAGGUGUCCUGGGAAAAUAGUUGGAGGACAUGACUUAUGUCACAGGGUUUCUAUCCAAAGGAGAAAACUGCCACAGUUGAAAGCUGAAGUAAAGGGUAUUUUCUACACACACUGUAUCUCAUUUAUUGAGGGCUAAAUGGCUCUUUAAGGUUAUCUGUUUGUCCCUCUUCAUUAUAUUUUCAGUUUUUUUUGUUUAAAAAAAAUGUUUGUCAAACCUGCCCCUUAGAGCAGGUCUCUGACCUACCAGGAGAGUGUUACACUCCAUAGAGUGGAUGGUGUUCUCUAAGAUCAUUCCAGUUUCCAGCAACAAAGACAUCAAAAACAGUGCCAAUUUUAGUGUAAAUAAAAACAGAUCCCAUCAAUAAUGUUGGUUUUAUUGACAGAAACAUUAAAACAUGCAUGAUUUUGUUAAUUGGGAUAUUGAUCAUUUUUUAUUUUGGAUUUGUUUUCUGUUAUUUUAGGUUUAACUAAUAUAUUCCCUAAAAUAUAUAUACAAGUCAAACACUGUGUACGAUUGUACAGCUGUUGUCUAAGAGGAAUUUAUUGAAAAGAGUACUAUAACUUGAGAUGAUGAUGAUGACAAUGAUGAAGAUGGUGACGAUGAUGACGCCAAUGACAAGCUCAUUACAAACCCAGCAUGAGAUGAUAGAGUGGGUCGGGGAGGGUUAAAGGGAAAAAAGUUUGAAGACUGCAAAAAAUAUGAAUGCGAAAAAACAAACACUUCAGUUUAAUCCUCCUUGCGCUAUCUACAUGGUAAUUGUUAUACAGUGGGUAUGAUGUGUAAAUAUACUGUAAGGUUCACUCUGUUAAAACAAUAAAUAAAAGGUUGAGUUGGAAUACUGUAAGUGAGAGAGAAUGUGAGAGAGAGAGAAUGUGUGAGAGAGAGAUAAUGUGAAAGAGAGAGAGAGAUAAUGUGAAAGAGAGAGAGAAUGUGAAAGAGAGAGAUAAUGUGAAAGAGAGAGAGAAAGCCCUGCUCUACUUCUCUCCUCCAACCCUCACCUUUUCAGCAGAGGAAACAACUCAGCUAAGGGCUUCAGGCUUGACAGGAUGUUCACUUCAACAAAAAACAACCAAUUUAGCCAAACAAUAAAAAAUAA